CGCACAAAUAGGCAUUGACACGGCAAACACGCCUUUGUAACCAUUCAUGUUGUCUUUAAUAGAUUUAUAGAAAUGUACAAAGCACAUGAUGCGAUCAUACAGUCAGGAUUUAAGCAAAGGUCUCGAGAAUGUCCCUGUUUUAAUUGAGGACUGCUUAUCUCAGGAAGCUUUUGCUAACUUCCAGUAUGUGCCAGAGAAUGUGCAAGGACCAGGCUGUGACCUUGAUCCAAGUGCGGUGACGCUCCCAGGUUGCUCUUGUCGUGCCCAGUCUUGCCUGCCCGACUCCUGCCCCUGUUUGAGGUUUGGCCAGACGUAUGACAGCAGGGGACUUUUGAUUCAGCAGCAGGAAGACGACAGCUACACCCAGCCUGUGUUUGAGUGCGACGUCCUGUGUGCCUGCAGCGAUUCAUGUCAGAACCGGGUGGUUCAAAAGGGGGUCGAAGUUCAGCUGGGUGUCUUCAGCACCACCGACAGAGGUUUGGGGGUGGAAACUCUAGAGCGCCUCCCUUGUGGACGUUUCGUAUGCGAGUACGCAGGGGAAAUAAUCGGCGCCCAGGAGGCUCGUUGCAGGCAGCUCUCACAGACUCCUCAUGAUAUGAACUACAUCAUAGCUGUUCGGGAGCACAGCGGUGGAGACAGGGUCACCCAGACGUUCGUGGAUCCUGUGACUGUGGGAAAUGUGGGCAGGUUCAUCAACCACUCCUGCCAGCCCAACCUGGUCAUGGUGCCGGUGCGUGUUCACUCGCUGGUACCCAGACUGGCUUUGUUUACGAAUCGAGAGAUAGAGCAAUACCAAGAACUGACCUUUGACUAUGGAGGAGGGCGCAACACAGACGCCCAGAAGUUAAAAGAAGUGCCAAGUGACACUCAGGCGCGGUCUGAUGAUCUCAAAGUGCUACAGAGAAAAACAUGUCACUGUAGAGAACCAAACUGCUCAGGAUUUUUACCGUUAGACAUCUCAGUUCUCCAUUGAAAUUGAAUCUGGUUUCAUUUCAGUUUUGUUCAGAUGUUUAAUAUUGUGUACUGCUCGGGUAUGGUGUCUGAUGUGGAAUAUUUUCAUGUUUGACAUAGAUUUUGUUUUUUUUCUUGUGAAUGAACUAAACAGUUUUUUAAUGCAUUGUGUAAAGUGUAAGUUGAUGCUAUUUAUAGGUAUAGAAUGGGUAUUGAUAAACUAAAAGUAUCAACCAAGCAGAUUUAUUAGUUUGCUCAAGUAAUAUUUUUUGAUGAGAAAAGUUUCCUUUGACUUUUUAAACCAUUAAGGGCAAAUGUUUGCUGUUUUGAAUAAUAUAUGUGGGGACAUCUGCCCAAAUUUGAGGUGGAAUGCAAAAAAGUGGCAUCUGCAAUGUUUGACAAGUUUGUUGGGAAGAUCUCAGUUGAUGCAUAUAUUUUACAAAACACCACUGCAUCUUAAGUGUUACGCCGUAACCAUUUCUUUUAAGAACAGUCUGCAUUUGUCACUGGACCCGUAGCCCUCUGGGUAACGAGCAAUUAAAAAAGGCCCAUGGGUAUUUUAAUAUAGUAACUGCUGUUAGUCUCUUGACACAAAGGGGGUGGGAGUGACCCACUUCAUUCAAAUGUCACCCUUAAAUCUGCCCCCUCUCUUCUAGAUCUGCCCCAUUUUCACUCCAGCCCCGCUUUCAUCUUCACCACAGUAUUAAUAUCUACAUCUGGGUUAAUUAGCACAGAGACUAGAAACCAGAGCAAAGCACAAGGCAGUAUGGGAAGAGGCAGAUAGGUUCUGUCUUUGCCAGUUUUACGCAUCAAGUUAAACCACUACUGGACAUUCAAGACUUCCUUUUCUUUUAUUUGUGGUUGAACUUUUGAACUCCUCCAUGGGCUCUUCAUUGCUCAAAUUAUAGAUUUGAUUUUGAGGGAACGCAUGAUUUUAUGAAUGUUUAACUUUCUUGCUUUGUAUAGAAUGUAUACGAAAGGCAAAAAUGGUUAAUAGUUCACCCAAAAGUUGAAAAUUUCAUUUCAAACCUGUAUGACUUUCUUCUGCAUAACACAAAAGAUAUUUUGAAGAAUGUUUGUAAGCGAACAACAUUGGACUCCAUCGACUUUGGUUGUACGGGCACAAAUCCACUGAGGCAUUUCUCAAAAUAUCUUCUUUUGUGUUCCCCAGAAGAAAAAGGCAUAAACAUGUUAUUAACCACAUGCGAGUAAAUAAAUAUAAAGAGAUGAAGAACUUCUCCUCAGUGUCUGUUGGCCAUGCAUGACAUGCAGUUCAGUAAUACAGUAAAAGUUUAUUGAUGUUUCCUUCAGUUCCCAUCAGUGAUAAUCUGAGGACUGUGGUAAACUCAGAUCCUGUGUUUGUUUUAUGACUCAUUGGGAUUGGCAAGUGAGCACAUUCUCAGGUCUCUAUGGCAACAGAAUGUGUGAUAUCGACCGGUGCGUGUAGGCUUUAGUGUUUAGGAAUGGUUGGUGAAGAUUGAAGUCAGUCAGCUAUCUCCGAGAAGGGAAACACAUAUGGGCAGGGACACGGAGGUCUCACUGGUGGAUCGGAACUGUCAGUUUGUGGUAAGGUCGCUUCCCAGAGACUGCCAGCCCCAAGGAAGCCAGUUGAGAAAACCUUUUUCCUUUUAGAGAGACUUUAAAUCAUAUAAAUAAUUACAAUUUAAAAUGAAUCAAAUGAGGAUUUUGAGCACUGUUCAGUUUAAAGUAGUGUAUAAAUAAAGGAAUAUCAAAAAUAAAAUUCUGUCAUUAUUUGUUCACCCUCAUGUCGUUUAAACGUGUAUUUUAACACAAAAGAAGAUAUUUUGAGAAAUGUCGCAGUGGU